GUGUGCCACAGAGGGUCUGUGUAGAACAUAAAUAUUAGACUUUUCUUACUGGGCAAUCAAGAAAGGAUGAACUUGCUAGACAUUUUAUUUUUAGUUGUGGUGGCUUCUUCAGCCACAGCUGACCAGAAUCUGGACACUGUGUCUGAAUUACAAAACAAAGCACUGGAUAUUGCUGUUGAAUAUUUCAACCAGCACCAUUUGCCUCGCUUUGCAUUUAAGCACCAUCAAACUGAAUCUGCUACAAAUGAGAUGUCUGGAAGUGACACAAUCUUACAACUUCGAUUCACAGUAAAACAGACUAUGUGCAGGAGAGAGAAUUUCAACAAGAACAAAUGCAAAUUUAUGCCAUUAGGAAGAAAAAGAUACUGCCAUGCUUGUUUUAAAUUCGAACACAACAGACUGGAUGUACCAUUAAAAUAUGUGGAUUGUGUUCCUGAAAGUCAUCUCACAAAGGAGAGAGAAAAUCAAAGGCAAAACGCAUGCAAUAUACUGAUGAUGCCACCAGUGGAGGAAGUUCAUCAUAUUGGUUCAUACUCGUUCAUGAGGAGUUCAUAACUUAAUCAGUGAUAUCAGUAUACUGGCAAAGAUGAAAAUUCAUUUAUUCCACAGAACCUGGUAGAUGCCAGCAACAUUUAAAUUCAAAAAGUCAAUCAACACUGUAAUUACAAUUUAUUAUAAGGAUCUCAGAAAUGUUGCAAUCUUAUUCUAAUUACUUCAGAAAUCUAGUGUCUGCUUACUUAUUAUCGUAUCUGCAGUGUAACUACAAAAAUAGGUAAAAAGCAAUGUGUUAUUUACUUUCAGGAUUCAUUAUUUAAGUGCUACGAUAAUGUGACGCUUUGUAAAAUGAUUCUUUAUUUCUUUCAGAAGGUUGUGCAACACGGAAAGUUGUGGAAUGCUUGUUGCAUUAUUGAGUUCAGCAAGUUAGAAAUUAUCAGCAUCAUUGUGUUAUUUAGCAGAGAAUUGUUGUCAAUAACAAAGUACUGUAAUGAAGGCUAUCGUAUUGUUUCAUUUUGAUUACGUAAUUAAAAAGUAAGAAUUUA